AUGCCUGCCCAGGCCUCAGCCCCUACUGAGGCUGCACUGGCUGCCCCUCCAGAAGCACAGGAGACUGAAGAGACCCUGGCCAAGGAGAACCAAGUGGACAUGAGGACAGAGGAGACAAGGGCCCCCACCUCGCCCCACAAGAAGUCCUGGUUGGUGCGACAUUUCUCGCUGCUGCUGCGGCGGGACCGGCAGGCCCAGAAGGCCGGGCAGCUCUUCUCGGGGCUCCUGGCCCUCAACGUGGUGUUCCUGGGCGGAGCCUUCAUCUGCAGCAUGAUAUUCAACAACGUGGCUGUCACGCUGGGCGAUGUGUGGAUCCUGCUGGCUGUGCUCAAGGCCCUGUCCCUCCUCUGGCUCCUCUACUACACGGCCGGUACCACCCGCCAGCCACACGCCGUGCUCUACCGGGACCCUCACGCAGGCCCCAUCUGGGUGCGGGGCUCCCUGGUGCUUUUUGGCAGCUGCACCAUCUGCCUCAACGUCUUCCGUGUGGGCUACGACGUGAGCCACGUCCACUGCAAGUCGCAGCUGGAGCUCAUCUUCCCUGUCAUCGAGAUCGUCUUCAUCAGCGUCCAGACCUGGGUGCUCUGGAAACACUGUAAGGACUGUAUUCAGAUCCAGACCAACUUCACUAGGUGUGGCCUGAUGCUGACCCUCGCCACGAAUCUGCUGCUCUGGCUUCUGGCUGUCACCAAUGACUCCAUGCACAAUGAGAUCGAGGCUGAGCUCAGCGCCCUCAUGGAAAAGCUCUCAGGCAACGACACCAACAGCUGUCUGUGCCUCAAUGUCACCAUGUGCGAGGUCUUCCGGAAGGGCUACCUGAUGCUCUACCCCUUCAGCACCGAGUACUGCCUCAUCUGCUGCGCCAUGCUCUUCGUCAUGUGGAAGAACGUGGGCCGCCGCCUGGCACCCCACGCGGGCGCCCACCCCGGCACCCUGCCCUUCCACCUGCACGGGGCCAUCUUUGGGCCACUGCUGGGCCUGCUGGUGCUGGUGGCAGGCGUGUGCAUCUUCGUGCUCUUCCAGAUCCAAGCAAGCGGCCCCGCCAUCGCCCGCCAGUACUUCACCAUCUACUACGCCUUCUACGCAGCCGCGCUCCCCGCCAUGAGCCUGGCGUGCCUGGCGGGCACAGCCAUCCACGGGCUGGAGGAGCGAGAGCUGGACACGUUCAAGAACCCCACCCGCAGCCUGGACGUGGUGCUGCUGAUGGGCGCGGCGCUGGGCCAGAUGGGCAUCUCCUACUUCUCCAUCGUGGCCAUUGUGGCCACUCGCCCCCACCAGCUGCUCAACCGCCUCAUCCUGGCCUACUCGCUGCUGCUCAUCCUGCAGCACAUGGCCCAGAACCUCUUCAUCAUCGAGGGCCUACACCGGCGCCCGCUCUGGGAGGCGACCCCUGAGGGCCGGGCGGGGAAGUGGGAAGCCGAGCCGCCUCACAGGGGCUCCCUGCUGGAGCUGGGCCAGGACCUGCGGCGGGCCUCGCUGGCCUACAUCCACUCCUACAGCCACUUCAACUGGAAACGGCGGGCCCUCAAGGAGAUCUCCCUCUUCCUCAUCCUCUGCAAUAUCACACUGUGGAUGAUGCCUGCUUUUGGCAUCCACCCGGAGUUUGAGAACGGGCUGGAAAAGAAUUUCUAUGGCUACCGGACGUGGUUCACCAUCGUCAACUUUGGCCUGCCUCUGGGGGUCUUCUACCGCAUGCACUCUGUCGGGGGGCUGGUGGAGGUCUACUUGGGGGCCUGAGGGUGCCC